AUGUCCGUCGACGCUGCCGAAAAGCAGAGGCAGAGCCUUGAUCCUGCUUCCAAGCAGUGCGAAACCAUCAACAAUGAUGAGCUUUACAACAUCGACCCCGAACAGGCCAAGAAGGUUGUUCGGAAGUUGGACUGCGUCAUUAUGCCUCUGAUGGCCCUUGUCUACUUCUUUCAGUAUCUCGACAAACAGUCCAUCAACCAGGCCGCCAUCUUUGGACUCCGCGACGACCUCCACCUCACCGGAGAGCAAUUCUCCUGGGCCGUCUCCCUCUUCUACCUCGGCCAGCUCUGCUCAGAAUACCCUGCGGCUUACCUUCUCUCGCGACUACCGAUUACCCUCUAUGUGGGCUGCACUAUCGUCGUCUGGGGUGGCGUCAACAUGGCCAUGGCUGCGUGUCAGACCUUCCAGGGACUAGCAGCGGCGAGGUUCUUUCUGGGGUUUACUGAGGGAACCGUUUCUCCCGCCUUCAUCAUCAUCACAUCGAACUGGUACGUGAAGAGGGAGCACCCAAUCCGCGUGGCGACAUGGGUCUCCAUGAACGGUGUCUCCCAGAUCAUCGGCGCCCUUAUGAUGUACGGAAUCGGACAGUCCAACAUUUCUCUUGCUCCGUGGCGCACGUUGUUCAUCAUCUGCGGUGGCUUGACAUCCUUGGUGGGCGUCCUUUUUAUCUUCAUGAUGCCGCGGGAUACAUCUACGGCCUGGUUCUUGAACGAGUCUGAGAGAGAGAUUGCUACUCAAAGACUAGCUGUUGACCGAGCGACUCGCGAUCGGGCCGAGUUUAACAAGAAGCAGGUCAAGGAGGCUCUGCUGUCGCCUAUGACAUGGAUCUACAUGAUGAUGGGUUUGUGCAUCACCUUAACCACUCCCAUCAUGAAGUUCAGCGCCAGUGUCAUCAACGGCUUCGGUUACAGCAAGCUCCAUACAAUGCUUGUCGGAAUGCCAGCAGGAGCUUGCAACACGGCAACAGUCUGGAUCGGUGCUCUCGUCCCACGAAUGUUCCCCGGAACCCGAACCUACACCGCCAUCGGCCUCUGCUUUGUCCCUCUUCUUGGCGCUGUCCUGCUCAUGAGUCUUCCUCGUGAGGGCGCCGAAUGGGGCAUCGUCGUGUCCACUUGGCUUGGAGGUUGCUCGUCAGCACUGCUCAGUAGCUCAGCUAGCAUCAUUGCCAGCAACGUCAAGGGAAACACAAAGAAGAGCGUCGUAUCUGUCGCAUUUUUCAUCGCUUAUUGCGUAGGAUGCAUUGUCAGCCCUUUCGCCUGGACCUCAAAGGACGCACCCCGCUAUACCAAAGGCUGUAUCUUGAGCUUGUCAUCCAUGAUUGGUCUCAUCAUCACCUACAUCGUAUUUGCUAUUGUUGUCAAGCGCAAGAACGCAAGUCGAGAUGCCAAGGCGGCAGAUGGGCAGGUUCAAUAUGUGGUCGAAGGCUUGGGAGGCAGUCAGCAGGCUGGUGUGUCGACCGACUCAGAUCUCACCGAUGUCCAGGAUAAGGGCUUCAGGUACACCAUCUAA